AUGGGUUAUAAUCGCUUCGGUGGCAAUUUCCAAGAGUUCCCUGAAGAGAGCUUUGCGAACGAGCUCGCGCAAGCAAUACCAAAAAGUUCCGAUAGGCUCUCAUUCAAUAACACCUGGUAUAGCUCGCCUCUCGAAGACCCCGAAGUGUACCGUAUGAAGGAUAAGAGCUAUGCCCUUGACACCUACAGCGACCUUGCAGAUAUCCUCGCGCGUGUCGCGGAGGAUCAUGGUCGUAUGAAGGCAGCGCUGCUCAAGAAAGGGUUCUUGGCUGAGUCUGAGGACGAGGAAUCGGAAGAGGAGAAUGUGUUUGCUAUGGAUUAA